UGCUCAAAGUGUGCUGCCGAACCUUAAGGUGUCCUAGAACGUCAGUGUCGAUCUGUUGUCUCUCAUGAGCCCUGGAUUUCCAGAAGGGACCAUAAGAUGGGAGAGGUUAGUGUGAGGGAGCCAGCUCUGCCCAGAAGGAGAGGGGAGGGCCAGGCACCGGCUUUAUGGGUUGGGUACCAAACCAGGACUCCAGGUGACAUCAAAGCUGCUCUCUCCGCCCACCCGCUGAUGGCUUGGGGACUGCGGGGGAGACAGCCAAGCCUGACCUAGAAAAGCCUCUGACUCACUGUGCUUCUCACUCCCUUCAGCUCGGUUUCUCCUGAAGCCAGCAGCCCCGGCACGAGUUUUGUCUCCAAGAUCUGGCUUUGGAAGCCUGCUGAGCUGCCAUCUCUCCUCAAGAAGAAUCAGUUGGUGCUUUAAACAAAAGAUCUCUCUUUAAAGCCAAGAGUGGGGGCAGAUGCUGCCCUAGCCCGGAGCUCUGUGCUGGACAGUGGAUGGCUUGGCUCCCUGGGACUAAGAUGUGGAGGCUCAUUGCCGUGGCCUGGCUGCUCCAAGGCCAUGCAGAUGCCAGGCUCAUCGGGCCCAAGGCCGUGGACCCCGAGGCUUUCAUGAACAUUAGUGAGAUCAUCCAGCACCAUGGUUACCCCUGGGAGGAGUAUGAGGUAGCCACAGAAGAUGGCUAUAUCCUGACGGUCAACAGGAUUCCUUGGGGCAAAGACACGCCGGAGGACCCAGGGCCGAGGCCGGUGGUCUUACUACAGCAUGGUUUGCUUGGUGACGCAAGCAACUGGAUCCUGAAUCUCCCCAACAAUAGCCUGGGCUUCAUCCUGGCGGAUGCCGGAUAUGACGUGUGGAUGGGGAACAGCCGAGGAAACACCUGGUCUUGCAAGCACAAGACCCUCUCGGUCGAGCAAGAUGAGUUUUGGGCUUUCAGUUAUGAUGAGAUGGCUAGGUUUGACCUUCCAGCAGUGAUAAACUUUAUUUUGCAGAAAACGGGCCAGGAAAAAAUAUUUUAUGUCGGCUAUUCACAAGGAACCACAAUGGCCUUCAUAGCAUUUUCCACAAUGCCUGAGCUGGCCCAGAGAAUCAAAAUGUAUUUUGCUUUGGCUCCGAUUGCCUCCGUCAAGCACUCGAAAAGCCCUGGGACCAAAUUCUUGCUCCUGCCAGAGAUAAUGAUCAAGAGCGUGUUUGGCAAGAAGGAGUUUCUUCAUCAGCACAAGUUUCUCCGGCAGUUUUUCAUCCAUUUCUGUGGCCAGACCAUUCUGGACCAGCUCUGCAGCAACAUCAUCCUGUCCCUGGGAGGAUUCAACAUGAACAAUCUGAACAUGAGUCGAGCCAAUGUCUAUGUUGCCCAUACUCCGGCUGGAACAUCGGUACAGAACAUACUGCAUUGGAGCCAGGCAAUGAAUUCUGGAGAGCUCCAAGGAUACGACUGGGGAAGUGAAACCAAAAAUCUAGAGAAAUGCAAUCAGCCAACCCCUAUGAGGUACCAGAUUAAAGACAUGACUGUCCCAAUAGCAAUGUGGUCUGGAGGUCAGGACUGGCUUGCGGAUCCUGAUGAUGUCAGCAUCUUACUCACUCAAAUGACCAAUCUUGUCUACCAUAAGAACAUCCCAGAAUGGGCCCAUACAGACUUCAUCUGGGGACUGGAUGCACCCCAGCAGUUGUACCAGGAGAUCAUCGAGAUGAUGAAGCAGAAGGAAAUGAGCCUCUCUCUGGAAAACUCUGGGAGGACCCCGAUGGUGAUGCUCUGACCUGGGGAAGCCCAGGUCCAUGGGGAAUUAUGGAUGGGAAUGGUGGGGGAGGGGAGUUAUAAGAAAAGAGAGGAAAGAGUCUAUCUACUUUCCUUGAUGAUUUUCUCAGUUUGAUACUAGAACUGACAUGAGCAUGGCUCUGUUGAUAAUAAAAUUAUGAUUUGGCUUGGGGGGAAA